UUAGAAGCAUGGCGGCGUUCAUAGCGUGUCGGCUGCGCCCGUGGCUAGCCCCGUCCUUGAGGACCAUGGUGCGCGCUCACGUGCCUUGUAUGAUGCUCACCAUGGAGGAAACAGCACAAGUACGACAUUAUGCCACUCAAAGACACCAAAAGUUAAUAUUAGCUGCACAGAAACGCAACAGGCAAAGGAAACUUGAAAAACCACCCGAGAAAGAUAAGCUUGCUUGGAUGAAGUCAAGGAAGCUCCUCAUCGGACCCCGAAGAGAGACUUACGAAGACCGGCUGAAGGAGCCACCGAUUGACGACGUUUUCUUCACGGACAAGUACAUGCCAAACGUGUAUUCCGCUGCGGACGCGAUAGCGAUGCACAGAGAAACGCAUCACCCGACUGUUUUGAAUGAUCCGGAUGCACUUCUUUAUGCUUUCGUUGAGCUCAGUCUAAAGACAAAGAAGAAGACCAAGUUUAGAGAAGAUUUUUCGGGGACUGUGCUCUAUAAUCAUCCAUUCUCUAUCACCAAGAGAGAGAAGAGAAUUAUUGCCCUCUGCAAGAACACUGAUUUGGCAACUGAGGCCCUUGCAGCAGGGGCAGAAGUGGCAGGUGGCACAGCCGUCAUCAAAAGGAUACUUACCGGAGAACUGGAUGCAAAACUUUUCGACUAUAUUUUGGCACAUGUGGACAUUGUGCAAGAUCUGCCUCAGUUGAGAGGCUUACUAAAAACAAAGUUACCAACGCUAACAAAUGGAAAAGUCACUAAUAACCUGCCUGGCUUGGUGCAAGACUACUUCAAUGGUGUUGAUUUCGCUUCCAAGAGUGAUCAGCAAGAGCUUGACUAUGGUUUUGUUGAAGUCCCUGUUGGAAAACUCAGCAUGCCAACUGAACAUCUUGUUGACAAUAUCAAAACUCUCCUUGUUUGUAUUGAUGAAUUCAAGCCAAAAACAACUGAUCCAGGUACAUUCAUCACAAAGGUUGAACUGAAGUGUCCUCCAACUACUGAGAAGUUCGUUGUUGCAUGCAGCGAAUUUUUGGAUCAUUAUGCAGAGGAAGAAGAAGAUGUCGAAGUCCAAGUGGAGCAAUAGACACAUCAAUCUCAAGCAAGACAUCACCUAUUGUAGCAAUAUAUCAUAAAAGAUAUUAAUACAAGACAUUUACAGCGGUUAAUUUUUGCUGAAUUCAGAAGAAGCAGUUUUAUAGAAUUCCAUAGUGAAGCAAUUCUUUAAUGUUAAAAGAUUCAAGUUAUGCCAGUAAACCAGUACACGUGUAUUUGUUAUGCCAAAUGGAUUAUCCAUAUAAUCACAACAAAAUCAUUUGUCACUUGAACCAGACAAUAUUUUUCAUACUGAAUAUUGAGGCCAGAUUCAAGGUCGUUGUCUAGAAAAUAGUUAUUGAUGCUUUUUUUUACUAGUUUAAGUAAUACUCUUUGAGAACUAAUGAACUAAAUUUAAUUGUGAAUCUGAAAUUUCCAUCACAACACUUCUAUUAGCACAGCCUGUAGCCAGCAAAGGAUGCAAAUGACUUUUGCCAACUGCCAGGUCAAGUCUAAUUCAAUACCGAAAUGUUGAUGUUGAGAUGCUUUCAAAAUAUCUCUCCACCUUCUAGUAACAAUCUCGCUCAAGCUCUCAUCAAUGCCAGGUCAAACCAAGGUCAAGUCCUCAAAUUAAAUUUUAGCAAAGUUAGUCUUGUAUGAAAUGUUAAAUUUAGUUUCCUGUGCCUAAAGUAGGUAAAAAUGUUUCACAAUUCUGAUAAGCGAGGCUCAAAGAAGAUACAGCAAGUCUUAUGCAACACUGAAUGACAGAGUGUAGUAGUAGGUCUUGGCUAUGAAAUAUACUGUCAUUGAGCUUAAUUUCUUUGGUAAAAGCUUACCCAUUGGUCCAGGAAUAGCAUAUUGUACCCAAAUAAAGCUUUGGCUUCAUGAAAUAAGCUAAUAGUACAUACUGAUAAAAAAUUAUUCACUGCACUUUUGAAUUUCUAGCAUGUUCCAGUCUUGCUGCAGUAUUACUCGGCGAGGUUAUGUUGAGGCGAGGCGAGGGAAGAACCUCUUAAGGUCCCAUUUUAUAAGUUGUUACUCUUGAAUGCUACUUGUCCAACCUUUCAUUGUACAUUAGAGUUCCAUCAAUUCUGCUCUUGCGACUUUUGCCAGCAUCAAUACACAAUUAUGGGUCACUUAAUCUGGAAGUUUGCUCUUGCUGUUCAUUUAAUUAAACUUGGCUAGUCGGAA